AUGUUUGAACAGCCUCAAGUUGAACUCAGCAGUGAGCAGAUCAAUCAGGAGCAGAAACGGGCCCUAGACGCGAUACGAGUAUUUCUUCAGAGCAAGACGUCUUACGAUGUGUUACCAGUUUCUUACAGGCUGAUAGUGUUUGAUACAUCUCUCCUGGUAAAGAAAUCCCUCAAUAUUUUAUUGCAGAACAGUAUUGUUUCUGCUCCUUUAUGGAAUAAUAAGACAAGUCGUUUUGCGGGGCUUCUUACCUCAAGUGAUUUUAUCAAUGUCAUCCAAUACUAUUUCCAAUUCCCCGACAAAUUUGACCUUGUGGAGAAGUUAACAUUAGAUGGAUUGAGAGAGGUAGAAAAGAGCAUAGGAGUUUCUACCAUUGAAACCAUCUCCAUACAUCCAUUCAAAUCACUUUACGAAGCUUGCGAGAAAAUGUUAGUAUCAAAAGCUAGAAGGAUUCCCCUGAUCGAUGAGGAUGAAAAUACACACCGAGAAAUUGUAGUAAGUGUGCUAACACAAUAUAGAAUACUCAAAUUUGUUGCCUUGAAUUGUAAGGAAACCCGUAUGUUAUUAAAACCGCUGAAAGAAUUACAAGUCGGCACAAUGGCUGAGAUGUCCACAGUGACAAUGGAAACACCGGUCAUUGAUGUGAUUCACCUUUUGUCUAACAAAUGUGUGUCUUCUGUGCCAAUUGUUGACGGGGAGGGCAAGCUAGUCAACGUAUAUGAAGCCGUCGAUGUCUUAGGUUUAAUCAAGGGAGGAAUGUACACUGACCUUUCAUUGUCUGUCGGAGAAGCGCUUAUGAGAAGAGCUGAAGAUUUCGAAGGAGUCUACACAUGCACAUUGAACGAUAGUUUGGCGACCAUAAUGGAAACGUUGCGGAAAUCUAGGAUCCACAGACUUUUCAUAGUCGAUACCGACACUAGCUUGUUGGGUGUUAUCACAUUGAGCGACAUUUUGAGUUAUCUUCUUUUCAGUCAAUAA